AUGCGGCCUUCUUCGAGCCUCGUCGCUAGCCUCCUAGUAAUCGCACAAGCCGCUGAUGUCAACGCAAAGGGCCUAUCAGGCCAGUUCCUUCAUGCGCUCCAUCGUCGUGCGCCCAGUUUCGAGGAUACGAUGAUGAGGCAGGCCCACGAGUUUUUCAACGAGCUCGAGGCCCGCCAAAGUGAAGCAACCUCCGACCCAAGCAGCAUUUCCACAACUCCUGCCUCCAAUGGCACCGUCGACCCCGAUGAAUGGGACUCGCAGACCAAGACAUCAUGCGACGCUGCCAUGAUCAGGCUGGCCGCGAAGCCCGACAACCCGAGCGGUCUGGCUGUCUGCUACAACAUUCCAUUCUUCAACAACCAGACUGGUGUUUUCCAGGCCGAGCUCCGCAUGUACAACAUGACACCGCCCUUCGAUCCGUGGACGGGUGUGACGGCGGCAGAUAUCAGCAUGACGCUGUCGUACCAGAGCGCCACUGUGCAAGCUUCCAACACCUCGGACCCUGCUUCGAAACGCGAUCUGGAUUCGACCCUGGCAUGGCCGCCCAUCAAACUACGCGAGAUCGAAGUCAACGACCUUGCUCGUCGUCAAUCAGAGCCAAGCGGCCCGCAGGCGAUCAAGGUGCUCAUGUAUGUUGGACAAGUCGACCAGGACACCUUGGACAGCGCCCAAUCAGCCCCGGAAAUGCAAAACCUGCUUGUGCCAUCGGUCAAGCUUACUGCGCGGUCCCCUCAGGACAUGUCUCCUCUUUCCACCGAACUCUCAGCCACCAAGGCAUCAUUCCUUAACGGUGUCUUCUCCAAGAAGGGCACAACAUCUGCCUCGGACGUAUCCGCCUCCAACGUCGCCAAUGCCGUGUCUUUCCUCAUUCCGGGCUAUCGCUUGGCUCCGUUGGAAGUGCCUGGUCUGACACUGCCCAUCAACCUGCUUUUCCCUACGGGUCUGAUUAUUACCUUGGUCUGGACUGUCGCCUUCUUCGGUGUCGUUGGAUGGGGAACUCUUGGCAGGAUAAGAUUCAGGGACCAGUACAGGCGGAGAGUCAACGUAAACAAGGAGAUGAACCAAGCCCGCAUCUAG